AUGGAGCCUGUGCGUGCUGUUUGUGGGUUUUUGAGGCCCUUAAUUCACUUCUUGGCUGUUUGUACUCUUGCAUCACCGAGCCUGUCUAUGCGGUAUGGGGCCAAUUUUGGACCCCCAUGGAGUGCAGCCGCGUGGAGCAGCGAGAAGCCCUUCGAGAGGGAAGGAAGCAUGAAGAGGAGCAGUGACCGUGCAGCGCCCACCCGCAUUAUGAACAAUAUCGGUUGCGGCGACAUCUUCCAUCAUCGCGAGACUUUGAUCACCGGUGCCAUCAUCGCGAGAAAGCGGGGCCCGCAGCCGAAUGGUGGAGCCAUGGAUGUUUUGCAGCACUGCGUGGACCUUGGCAACCAGCAUAAGACAGCUGCCCCAAAUCGUUUGUUCAAUUGCAUGUGCGAUGCUGAGUAUGGCAAAAUCUAUGCCAUCUAUGCCUUCGCAUCCUGUGCCCCCCUGGUCUUCGUGCGAUUGGUGUGGAGCUGGUUUGAGGUGAGAAAGGCUCGUCGAGUCCAUGGUCGUCCAGUGCAGUAUCUUGGUGCUCGGAGAUCAACUGGACAAAGAGAACAAUGUGCAGGAGUUGAGAUGUGCCGGUCCGUAGUGGAGGUUGCGGCUUUCGGCAAUGGCCCGUGCCUUUUAACACUGGCUACUCUGUUGAGAAGGCGCACGAGAUCACCUGCAUCGACAG